AUGGGCUCCUGCACAUGCGUUGACAGAGUAGUUGGAAAUGCUAUAAUAACUGGUACCAUUGGUGUACAAACAAAAAAUGUAUUUGUUUCUCCACCACUUACGUGCUAUCCUUUUCAUGCUAUAUCCGAGCAACAAAUACAUGUUUUAAAUGGUUCUUCUCCCACUCAAACUGUGGACUGUCUGUGUUUAGCUCACGAUGAAAGGAUUCUCGCGUAUGCCACUUCUGCAGCUAUAAAACUUGUUGAUCUGCAAACAGGACGUGAAAUCCGAACGUUGCAUAUUAAUUUGUGCAAAUUGAGGUCCAUUUAUAUGUGGUCAUCAGCAGCAACUGAUUGUACAGUAACUUUAUGGGAUACAAGGCAACAUCCGGCAAAUGUACAGAUGCGUCGUUUCGACCAUCCAAUAAACUGUAUGCGUUACAGUCCGAAUGAUGCUUUCAUAGCUCUUGGCUCGAAUCACAUACAUAUGAUGGAUCCGCGCGUGAGACAAUACAGAUCUCUUCCAUCCUCAUCUCAGGUAUUACAUAUAUGCUUCCAUCCUUCUGAGUAUUUACUAGCAGCAGGAUCUGAAGAUCGUUUGGUACGUUUCUGGGAUAUCGAUAGCGAAGAAUGUGUAUCUCAAAGUGAUCCCGCGGAUAGUUCUCUUCGAGAAAUUACUUUCCAGCAUGAUGGCUCGGCAUUGAUUACUCUCACUGACCGUAAAUGCAGCGCAAUUUCAUGGGAACCAUUUGAAAUGCUUGGACAGUGCAUAAUACCUAAAACAGAUUUCUCAUUAGGCUUGGCAACGACUGAUUCAGAAGUUUUUGUCCUUGGGCAGUCCGUAUUAUCCCGAAACUUAUCGUUAUUAAUGCUGCCUUAUGCGGUUAAAGAAGUAGAAAAUUUUCAGAAGCUACUCACUCAAGAAGAAAUAUAUGACGAUCAAGAAAUAAGAAACAGUGACGUAGAACUUAAGCUUAAGAAAGAAAUCUCAUCUGAGAAAAUAGGUCCUGAAAUUUCAAACGUAAACGAGCUGGAACAGUCGGAUCAAAAUGAAGUACAAUCAUUGAAAGAUUGUUAUGAUGAUCGUAGAGCCUUUGUCCCCACUCAUACUUUACCACGUACGCCACCUGGUCGUUCUGUAAAAGUAUUACCAGAAAUUCAGGCAAUUUCAACGAUUAUUGCUAGGCCUAGAACACUUAAAACUAAGCAAGGCCCUGCGAGCACAAAAUUGCACUAUUCCAAGUCUGGAAGUGUACGCAGAACAAACAUUGCUUCAUCACAAACAAAUUUGCCAUCUCGAAGAGGAAUGAAUUCAAGUGCUUUUACUAUCAACAAAAUACUCACGAUCUUCUGCAAAUUUUUUAAAACCUAUAUUGCAGGAACAACAAUGAAAAUUACAAAUUCAGCACCAGAUAUUCGAUUUUCCAUCUCGAAAAAAAAGGAGGAACGUAAUCGUUUUAACGAAGAAAAUAAACGCAAUCAAAUAUGCAACGAUCAGUCACAAGAGAGUCCUUCAAAGGAAUUAUGUAGUCUGAAUGAUACCGUUGCUGGUUUAGACAAAUUUGAAAUGAUUAUUAGUCAGCGACGAACAAUGCUAGAAAAUGUUUUGCAUUGUUGGCGAACACGUGGUUCAGAUGCAGCAAUAACGGAAGCUGGGCGAUCAAGUGACCCAUCAGUUCUCGUAGAACUCAUCGAUGCCUUUAAUCACAUGCCCACAGCUUGGAAUCUCACGUUGUGUACUACACUUCUACCGCAUAUUGAACCAUUAAUAGCAAAUAAACAUGAAGAUUAUGUAGAAGUGGCAUUAAACGCACUGAGAACAAUAAUUACUGGCUGUGGUGAUGUGAUCCGUACGGGUUCUCACCGUCGUUUUCAGAUUGGCGUUGAUGUUCCUGCUGAAGAACGGCAUGAUAAAUGUAUCAAAUGUAUGCAACAACUAACUAAUAUUAGAGUGAAAGCAACGCUUCUAGCUGAUCAUAUGAGUAAGUCACAAUCGCGCGAAUUCACUGCGCUUAUGCAAAUUUUUGAUGAUACUUUAGCAACUAGUUAG